AUGCUGCAGUGCCUGUGCGCCUGUGCCUGCUCCUGGGACGACCUGGCGGCGCAAUAUGGCGAGGCGCUUGCGGUGAUGGACCCGCACCGCUCGCCCGUCGUGCAGUACAGCUUUGCGCAGCUGGCCGACGCCAUUGCCCAGUUCGCGUCCGGCCUGCAGUCGCUGGGGCUCAGCAAGGGCGACAAGGUGUCGCUUUUCAGCGAGAACAGCAGCAGGUGGCUGAUUGCGGACCAAGCGAUCAUGAAGUGCGGCGCCGCCGACGCGGUGCGCGGCACCAGCAGCAGCCUGGAGGAGCUGCAGUACAUCAUGCAGCACAGCGAGAGCGGCGGGCUGGUGGUGCAGGAUGCCGCCACACUGGACAAGCUGCUGCCCGCCCUGGGCAGCUCCAAGCAGGCCUGCCCCAUGCGCUUUGUGGUGGUGCUGUGGGGCUCGCCGUCGGCGGCCGCGGCGGCGGCGCUGGGCUCCCACCUGCUCACCUUUGACGCGGUGAUGGCGCGGGGCGCGGGUCAG